AUGUCCUUCUCCUCCCCGCCGCCAGAAUCCCCCUUCUACCUCCUCUCCUACCCGGCUCCUGGGGUGCUUGUCGCAACCAUCAACCGCCCAAAACAAAGGAACUCUGUGCCAUUCAAAGGUCACUGGGAUUUACACAAGUUAUGGCAAUGGUUCGACAAUGAGGGGUCCCUGCAAGUUGGGAUUAUCACUGGAGCUGGGGACAAGGCCUUUUGCGCGGGCCAGGAUCUCCUCGAAGUCGAAAGAAAUAGAAUAAAUCCCCCACCUGAGCCCUAUCUGCAAGGGCACCCCCCUUCAGGUUUCGCGGGUAUAAGCACACGCAAGGGAAAAAAACCAAUCAUCGCUGCCGUGAAUGGGUUCGCCUACGGGGGUGGCUUUGAAAUUUGCUUGAACUGCGAUAUGGUCAUUGCCUCCCCACGCGCACAGUUCUCCCUUCCAGAAGCCAAGCGUGGCAUCUACGCCGCCGCCGGCGGCCUUCCUCGCAUUAUGCGCAUUGCAGGUUUGCAAGUUGCCUCUGAAAUUGCUCUUACCGGCCGUCCAAUUUCCGCUGAAGAAGGCAAAGCUUGGAUGUUUGUUAACCGGAUCUCGAAAACCCAUGAAUCGCUACUAGACGAAGCUGUAGAAUUCGCCAAGGAACUCUCCCAGUUGAGCCCCGACGCACUUAUCGUCACUCGCGCUGGAAUUAGGGAGGCCUGGGAAGUGGCAGGUAUUGACAAAGCAACGGCGAACACGAGGGAGAGAUAUGAUCAGGGUUUGCAUUCGGGGGAGAAUGUGAAGGAAGGCCUAGCCGCAUUUCGGGAGAAAAGAGCUCCAAAAUGGGUGAAAUCUAUGUUAUAA